CUACAGCAACAGGACAAAUACUUUACCAACAAACACUGCGUAACUUAAAAAAAAAACCUGGACAGAAGAAUGCAGAAUUUCAAUGGGUAAACUCUCUUCUGCAAAGUGAGAAGCAGAUUGAAUAAUGUGGACCAAGAUGACAGAGUGAACCCACGAUGGAGGAAGAGGAGUUCUAUGAUGCACCAGACGCCUUCCUUGAGCAUCACGGUGAGGAAGGAGAAUCUCCUGUAACACGACACUCUGACUAUGUUCCUCCACCAGGAGAAGUAACAGUUCUCUACUCAGGCAGUGAGACUGUCUCUCUUGGCUUGGCACCUUUGGCACAAACUGAUUCCUCUGUCAGGUAUAAACUUCAAAUAGAUUAUUCCUGUGACACACAGAGAGGCAGUGUGAUCGUGGAAGACUCCAGCACUGUAGAUGUUGAGGGACUGAAUCCUGGGACAGAGUAUACUUUCAGGAUCACAAGGACAGCAGAGAAUGGAAAUCAAAGCAAAGCAGCUUCAGUAUCCGUCUUUACAGAGCCUCUCCAACCUGUGAGGGUAACAGUCUGUAACGUCAGCAGUGAGUCACUGUCUCUGCAGUGGGAAGCUCCUGCUGGCGAAGUGGAGAGCUACACUGUGACCUGUUGCAGUGAGGGAGAGAUUGUGGAAGAGCUGAAAACAGACACAACCAGUGUUACCUUCAGCAGCCUGAGGCCAGGGGUGUGUUACUCCCUCCAUGUUUCUGCACUGAAGAAUGAAAGACUAAGCAAACCAACUGUAACAUCUGCCUACACAAAGACACAACUGGAGAGCUUACUGGAGGAUCUGGGCUUGGAGCAGCACUACACAGAGAAGCUAUCCCUGAGUAAAAUACUUCAGAUCGAUGAGAAGACCAUCACUGAUGAACCUGUCAGGUGUAACUCAGAUCUUCCAUGGUAUUUUUUGAAGAAACUAAUGAUGGUUAAUGUGACAGCCAGGAAUGUGAAAUGUACAUCAGAGUGUGAGUCAAACCAUGGUGAUCUGUCAGAGGAUAUAGAGUUAGAUUUUGAGAAUCUGCUCCACGGUCCAAAUUCAGGUGACAUUCUAAACCCCCUCGACAUAAUCACUGCUCUCUUUCUGUGUUCUGAUGCUUUUGUACAGCAGGAAAUAACACUCAAAAUGUCUGUGUGUCAGUUCUCUGUGCCUCUGCUGCUUCCUAACUGUGACACAGAGAAGUGCACACUCAUGCUUUGGGCCAUGAGAGACAUUGUUAAAAAGUACAGACCUCAGUCACUCUCACAGUCAAAGGGCUUUAUUGAAGACAGAAUUGUUCUCUCUGAACUUCCAAUGAUCUCUUUUGUGAGACUGGGUGAGUGCUCUUUGUCCAAGUCAGAGAUUCUCAAUAAGGUUCUGAGCAAUUCGGAGCAGUACCAUGGCACUUUUGUUCACAGCAACAUGGAGGGUGGUAACAGUCAGAGAAAAAUAUCUGAUGGACUGACUGAAAUUACCUGGUACCUCCCUUGUGGAAACAAAAACAUGGACAUUUUCAGUGAGCCAGUAGCGAUAGCAAACCUUCGUGGAGACAUUGCUUCAUUUGAAACCCAAUUUUCGUUUUUGUGUCAAACAUCUGCAGCAGUUUUUGUGCUCUUUGACACUUCAGAAUCUGACUGCAAGCUGCUUACUGCUUACAAAUCCUGCAAAGCACAGAUCUUCUUGGUGGGUAACCAUCUGAAUGAGACCUUGAGUUUGGAUGCUGUAAAGAAGGAAGCAAAAACAUUGGGCUUGGCUAAAAACAACAUUAUUUUCAGGACUAAGCGCAUGAAUGAUGCAGAUUUUGUCAAAAGUUUGAGAAAGACAGUGAGGGAUGUAGUUGAGAACCCAAAGAUGAAGAUGAGCAUUGAACAGAUGGUGGACAUUGCCCGUGAACUGGGGAUCUUGGUUGAUGAGGACUGUCCAGAGUGCCAGACUGCCAAGAAAAAUGCAGAUGAUAUUACUGCAGAAAUUCAGAAUACCCUUCAAUACAAAGAAGCUCAGCUUCCCCUGACAGGCCAAAUAUGGAAGGAACUGACGAGCUUAGAGGAGGAAGAAUUUCGACUUCGAAAAGUUGGAUCUGAAAACAUAGAAAAUUACAAGAGUGAUCUUCAGAGACAGAAAGAAAAACUUCGGAGCAAACAGAACUCUUAUGACAUAUCAAAUGCAAUGAUUUGCUUUAUAAAUGCAAUAUCAAGCCAAGGAAUAGGGAGGUGUUAUUUCCUGAAAUGGAUGCGAAUCAACCUUGAUAACCUGUCUCGAGAAAAACUGUCUGGCCUCAGGGAGCAGUACAAAGAAAAAUGCAAGAAUUCUGAGAACAAAGACAAGAUCAAAGACAUUGACAAACAACUUUCCAGCAGCUCAUUGGGAACUGAACAUUUCUUCCGUGAAAUGGGUCAAAUCUAUGAAGCUUCAGUUUACCUUCCAGAGACACACCCAUCACGUCAACAGUUACAGCAUCUGCCCAGACUGUGUGCAGGAUUGUUGCUUGAUGGAUUUCCCCUUGAGCUUGUAGAUGGAGAUGCAUCCAACAUACCUCUCAGAUGGGUGAGUGAUGUUCUGUCUCAGCUCAGUGACUUGGUGUCUCCAAAGAGCAAGAUACUGGUGGUCACAGUUCUUGGAGUUCAGAGCACAGGAAAGUCCACUCUCCUUAACACCAUGUUUGGAGUGCAGUUUGCAGUCAGCAGUGGUCGAUGCACUCGAGGUGCUUUUAUGUUGCUGAUCAGGAUCAAUGAAGACGUCAGAAACGUUCUCAACUGUGACUUCAUGGUGAUCAUUGACACUCAGGGCUUAAAGUCACCUGAGCUUGCACGACUGGAUGAUAGCCAUGAGCAUGACAAUGAACUUGCAACAUUUGUUGUUGGGCUCAGUGAUAUCACCAUCAUCAAUAUUGCAAUGGAGAAUUCAACAGAAAUGAAGGACAUCCUACAGAUAGUUGUGCAUGCUUUCCUCAGGAUGAAAGAGGUGGGCAAAAAGCCUAAAUGUCAGUUUGUUCACCAGAAUGUGUCGGAUGUUUCAGCCCAUGAGAAGAACUUAAGAGACAGGAAACUGCUCUUGCAACAGUUAAAUGAGAUGACGCAGGCAGCAGCCAAAAUGGAAAAGAAAGAGGAGAACAAGAGUUUCACUGAUGUGAUGGAGUACAGUCCAGACACUGGGAACUGGUACAUUCCUGGACUCUGGAAUGGAAACCCACCAAUGGCACCAGUCAAUGCAGGGUACAGUGAAGCUGUAUAUGAGCUCAAGAAAAACAUCAUCCAACUACUGGGAAAUUCUGUAUCAUCUGCUUAUGACAUCUCUGAGUUUAAAGAGUGGAUGUCAAGCCUGUGGAAUGCAGUAAAGCAUGAAAACUUCAUCUUUAGCUUCAGAAACAGUCUGGUGGCUGAUGCAUACAUGAGGCUCUGCACAGAAUUCAACAGAUGGGAAUGGGAAUUCAAAAAAGACAUGUUCAGAUGGGUUACCAAUGCUGAAACAAGAAUUUCAAAUUUUGGUACAGUUGCUGCAAAAUCUGAAAAAGCUGACAUGAGAGAACUUGUCACAUAUUUGAAAAGAGAAGCCUGCGCAGUGCUGACUAAAUGGGAGAAGAAACUUCUUGACAAUCUGACACAGUACUUCAAGCAAACAGAGGGUCAUGUUAAUCUGGUUGAAAGACACAAGAAGGAAUUCUCAAAUAGCACAAUAAGUUUUCGACAAGAAAUGCAGAGCUCUUUGUUUCAGCAGCUCACAACAGCAGCAGACAUCAGACAGGGAAUAAUAAAACUUGAGAGAAUCAAGGAAAAUCACACAAAACAAUUAGAAAAGAGAGUGCACGGAUUAAUUGAGGAAUGUUGGGAAAAAAGAGUUGAGAUGACCGACCAAGAGUUGGACAGAGAAUUUGAUAAGAUGUGGAAUGAAACAGUGAAUGAACUGUCUUUCUCUAAAAAACAACCAACAGAUGUCUUCAGCAGUGUGUCCUUCCACUUGAGAGAGAAUCUGUCACCUAAGGGGAGUCAUGCAUGUGAACUCUUGAGUCAACAAAGCCUGAAAGAUUGUGGACAGGUGCCUUUCAAGUAUACAGGUAAAAGACGCCACAAACAAAUCAAAAACACUGUGAGAAUUUUUUUUAAUUUUGAAGAUCACGUAAUGUGUGUACAAAACAUGGCUGACAGCAUUAUUGCUAGCUGCACACAGUUUGUGAUAGAAAAACUGGAAAGAAAAACCAAUUAUCAUGAUACCUACAUCGAGGAGAUCCUACACAUUAUUGAUGAGAGGCUGCAAAACAAUCAGGAUGUUAAGACAGACAUCGAGUUUGAAGUUUCUCUGAAAGAGCACAUCUGUGGAUUUGCAGCCAGACACUUUCAGAAAAUGCACAAAGAUUUCCUACAGGAGAAUGAUCCUUACAGGUGUCUGUCUCGAAACAAAGAAAAGUUUCAAUCUGAUUUUAAAGACGUGUUCUAUGAACGAGACCAGUGCCAGAAGAAAGCAAAAGAAUUCACAGACCGAUGCUUGAAGCCUGCAGUUGAAGACUUUGUCAACCGUUUCCUGGGUCCUGAUAUCGUUGGUGAAAUGAUGACAAGACAGGAAUUCAGCACAAGAAUGUUUUUCCAGUAUUCAGUUUUACUGGAUUUGCUUUUAAAGGAUGACUCUGAAAAGUAUGUGAAUUAUUUUCAGAAGUACGAGCGUUAUGUAAGGGAAUGGAUUCAUGAGCAAAUAGUAGAACACUUUUCAAACAGGUCAGUGUCUGAGUUUGAGGAUCUGCAUCUUCAGUCAAGUAUCAACAGCAUAAAUGAUGCUAUCAGCAAAGCUAAUGCAGAACAGAGUGACAACUUGAAGACAUUUGUUGAACAUAUCUGUCAGGAACUUGGAGAUAAACUGGUCAUUCCCCAGGAUGAUCUUGGUGCUUUCAUGAUCCUGAACAAAGCAAACCAGGAACAGUUUGCACACUGGCUCACAGAGUGUGUGAAGGAGAUGGCAGCAGAUCUUAGGGAGAAGUUUAAAAAAACAAACAUCCAGAUGAAACUAAAAAAUCUCCAUAUGAAUCCCCAGAACGAGCUUUUCACCAGAGUGAUUGGAUGUAGUAAACAGUGUCCGUUCUGUGCAGUGCCCUGUGAGGCAGGAGGAAAAGCCCAUACUGAGCACUGGGCUUCACUGCAUCGGCCACAGGCUCUGGGUAGAUACAGGUGGCAUAACACAGGAAACCUUAUCACUGACAUUUGCUCUUCUCUUGUGACCAGUGAGAAACAUUUUCGCUGUCAUGCUACAAACAAUGAAUGGCACCCCUACAAGUGUUACGCUGACAUUUUUCCAGACUGGAAAAUUCCUCCAGACAUAAGCCUUCAGGCAUCAGACUACUGGAAAUAUAUACUGACAAGGUUCAACAGGGAGUUUGCAGAAGAAUUUGAUGCACAGCCUGCUGAUAUUCCUGAAUCCUGGAAAGGAAUCACACCUGAAAAGGCAAAACAGAGUCUCAAAGAGUCAUUUAGCAUCAAGUGAGAGACGACAUGCUCUGUGGUACAGAGGUGCACAUUCUCCUCAUUACACUGAUUCAUUCAUUAUCCUCUCAAGGAUAUUUUGAUCUUACUUGUUUUAUUUGCCAUAUAAGAAAAUCACAAAUAGUAACAUGCUGUUGACAAGAUAACAAGGAUGAUGAUAUUUAGAGCAGAGAUACUGUAUUUUACCACUGUGACUUACAAUAGGAAACUAUGAGAGAAACUCUGCCAUUAGUGCUCACCUUUGUUUGAGAUGUAAUGUGUUUAAUAAAAAUAAUCAGCUUUAGCUCUAUGUUGAUGAUGAGAGCAUGUUUAAAUGCUUCAUGAUACUCUGAGUGCAUGUACAUGCUAGGAUCACAUGUAAGAAACAUGCCAAGUUAAAUCUACAUUUGAUUUGAGGAUUUUGUGAGACAGAUGAACGUCAUUAUAUUGACACUGAAAAGAUGUACGCAGAUAAUCAGAGCAACAAAGUGUCAGAGAAGUUUUUUAUGUUUGUUUUUGUUCCUGUGAAGUAUCUGAUAUCAAAUAUCUAAAUGUAUGGUUUUAUUUCUUUUUAAAAUAUUACUCAGUGUGCAUGUGGUAUUAUCAUAAUGGAGCAGAAACUUGUUUAGCAAAUGUUUAAACAUUUGUUGUUGCUUCUGUGAAAUAUCUGCUGCAAAAUAUUGAAAUCUUCAAAUCAGUAAAAGAUCAGUCUGUAUGUCUAACAUGUAGUUUAUGUGACAAAGUGGUGCCAAAGUAUCUGGUGCCAAAUUCUAACACUUCUAAAGGAAUUAACAUCAUUCAUU